UCUAAUUAUAGAGCUGAAAUUUAAAAGUCAAGUUAAAAAUAAAAUCAAACUUCCUAGUUGUUUAUUUGUUUGUGCAUUGAAUUAAAUUCAAUAAAAUUCGAUACACACAAUAAAAUUUUGAAGUUCUUAAAUAACAGUUUGUGCAAUAGUAUACAUAUUAUAAUAUCGAUAUGGCGAAUAUUGAAUAUGGAGGCAAAGGUUUUGAUCCAUUUGCAGAAAACUUGGUCAUGGAAAAUGCAAUGACAGAUUGCCAAACUUUAACUCAUUUACUAAAAGCCGCCUUAGGCACAGGUAUUCUAUCAAUGCCAAUAGCUUUCUUGUACUCCGGACUAAUUCUGGGAAUAUUUACUACUGCGUUAACAGGUAUCAUUUGUACACAUUGUGCAUAUGUUUUGGUAAAAAGUGCACACCGAUUGUACUAUAUGGAACAAAAAUCAAAAAUGACAUUUGUUGAAGUAUCGGUAACAGCAUUCAUGAGAGGUCCGCCAUGGGUUCAAAGCUUUUCAUUUUCCAUAAAGAUGCUGGUUCUUGUUGGUCUAUUUCUAACGUACUUUGGUACUUGUUCUGUUUACACUGUCAUAAUUGCUAAGAAUCUACAACAGGUAAUCGAACAUUGGACUGGACAAACGUAUAACGAACGAGUUCUAAUUGGAAGUUUAUUGAUUCCUUGUAUAUUGCUCACAUGGAUACCUAAUCUCAAGAAAUUGGCUCCUAUUUCGAUGGUUGCUAAUUUAUUUGUAGGACUUGGUCUUGGCAUCACAUGCUAUUACUUAUUGAUUGAAAUUCAACCCAUUGAGGAUAGGAAAUUCUUUCGCAUACACACCUUACCAUCUUUUUUCGCAAUAACCAUUUUCGCCCUUGAAGCCAUUGGAGUAAUGAUGCCUCUGGAAAAUAGCAUGAGAACACCACCACAUUUCCUGGGUUGUUGUGGUAUUUUAUCUCAAGGAAUGUGCGGAGUAACAAUACUUUGUAUAUUGAUUGGAUUCCUCGGUUAUUUGCGCUAUGGUGAGGGCACCGCAGAAACGAUCACUCUUAAUUUACCAGUUGAUGAAUUACCAGCUCAGUUCGUUAAUCUGUUGAUUGCUAUGGCUAUGUUUUGUACUUUUGGUUUGCAAUUCACUGUUUGCCUGGAAAUUACAUGGAACGGUGUAAAGGAUUACGUUCUGAAUGGCUCACUUCUUGGGAACUACGUUGUAAGAACUCUGCUUGUCAUCGCAGCUGUAGGACUUGCAGUAGCAGUACCUUCCAUUGCUCCAUUCAUGGGCCUGAUUGGAGCCUUUUGCUUUUCCAUUCUUGGACUUAUUAUGCCCAUUUUAAUUGAAACAGUAUUAGAUUUAGAAUCUGGUUUUGGGAAAUUCAAUUGGAUUUUAUAUAAGAAUAUUUUCAUCUUAGGCUUUGGAGUAUUUGCCUUAAUAUUUGGAUCGAAGAGUGCAUUGGAAGAUAUCAUGAAGCUGUAUGAAUAGUUGUUAAUUAUUUUAUAAAGAUGCAUAAAACAAUAAUAUGUGAUUGUUGUUUUUUGUAAAAUUUUGUGACCUAUGUAAAAGUUUGUAGGUACUCCGUUUAAAAAAUUAUAAGUUUAAAUUUAUUGUAGUAUA